GUCAUUCCCAGACAUGGCAACCUGCACGCGGAGUGUGUGGAAAGUUUUAGCAGGAUGUCAGAGGCAGCUGUUGAGAGCCGGUGCUCCUGCCUACACCGGCAUCUCACCGACUGCACAGAGGUAUCUGCCCAUCAGGACUUUCGCAGCUGUCAAGGCACAAAAGGAGGAGGACACAGAGAAGGCGAAGAAACCAAGGGUGGUCAUCGAUGACAAAGACAGACAUAAGCCUUUCGGCAAAACAGCGUGGGCGCCCGUGGACGACGUGUAUGUUAUGAGGUUCUACCCCCAGGUGAUCUAUGACGCAGGAGACGCCAUCGACAUGCUGAAGAACUUUCAGAAGUUGGACUUCACUCCCCACAAUCAGCCUGUUUACAUCGAUCUGAGGCUAGACAUGAAACUGGAAAAAAAGAAAAAAGUCGACCCCUUUGUCAGCACGUUGACCUUACCGCACCCCUUCAAGACAAAGAUAAACAAAGUUUUAGUAUUUACUGAGGAUGCUAAUCUAGUGAAGGUUGCCCAGGAGAACGGAGCGAUGUUGGCUGGAGGAGUAGAGCUCAUGCAGCCGAUCUUAGAUGAUGAGAUCUCAGCAGACUUCUACAUAGCAGUGCCAGAAAUAGUGCCCAAGAUUCUACCACUGAAAAACAAACUGAGGAAGAAGUUUCCAAAGAGCAGGAGAGGCACAGUCGGGGUCCAGAUUUUGAAGAUGCUAGAGUUGUUUAAAACAGGUCACGAGUACAUGGUGGAGAGCAACUGCUUCGUCAGGACCCAGAUAGGAACGCUCGACAUGCCCAAAGAACACAUCUUUGCCAACCUGCAAACUAUCCUGAUUGAUGUUUGCUCCCACCGACCAGCUAAAAUGGGACCUUUCAUCGAGCGAGCGAUCAUCGCCAGUCACACCAGUGAAGCUCUGUGGUUCAAGAGCGAAGACGUUUUACCGACACCAGAAGAAGAUGAGUGACCUGUUCUCACAUUGUAUAUAUUCACUGUAUUGAAUAAAGUGUUUGUUCUGACUUUG